AAGUUAUUCAGAAGAUUGUAAUGGCAAGGAAUAAUGCAAAAAGUGUUUUAAUGAUAAGUGCAAAUAGCAUGCAUUUGAAAUAAAUAUUUCUAAAUGUAAUGCAACCGCAACCUAUCCACAAGGCUAUUACCAAAGAAAAUUGCAAAAUAAAAUUUGCUAAAAUAACAAAGGCAUAAUCAAAAAAAAAAAAAAACAACAAUCAAUGAAUAGAUAAAAAUUAAAAAAAAAAAAUUUUUAAAAAAGUGAAAAAACGACACAGCCAUGAAACACAAUACAUUCUAUUGCCACAUUGUGGCGGCAUUUGCCCAUUUCAUCGUGUGCCAAGCGGCAAUACUGCCAAAAUGCCCUUUCGAAGAUACCGUCGACUUGACGAAUGCCAAAAAAUUCAACAAUGGUUCCUAUUUGUAUGAAAAUCUUGUAAUACAUUCCGAUCUGGUGGACAUUUACAAUUACGAAGAGAUCUUCAAUGGGGUUCGCUUGCCAAGGGCGCCACAUCCACGCGGUUGUGCAUGUCAGGAGCGUAGCUGUAUACGAUUUUGCUGCCACCCCACCAAAGAACUGAUAGCCAACUACUCACGUCAAUGUUCCAACGAGGAGUUGGAACAUGAUCUCGAAUACGAUCCUUAUAUAAAUGUGCUUGCUACCAAUGGCACCAUGGUGCGUAAGCAUGUGACAAAGGAAUUCACCAUCGUUCAAGGUGUGCCUUGUGAGGGGGCCUAUUCGCUGGCGCCCCAACUUGAUGAAGAAGAUGCUUGGGAUAUUUUCGAAAAUGGUAGCAUCCUACGACACUAUGACAUGGCAUAUUUGACUAAAAGAGAUUAUUGCCUAAUGCCCAUGGAACUGGAUGAUGGCCAGUGGGUGUUGAAUCCCAUGAAUUGUCCCAUUGUAAAGCCUGCUUCGCUUUCCCUGCAAAUCAAUAACAUAGCCAUGGCCAUUUCGGUACCUUUUAUUAUACUGACCAUUAUGGUUUAUGCCUUGAUACCGGAACUGCGGAAUCUCCAUGGUAAAUGUCUCAUUUCCUAUUUGACUCCCUUGGCCAUUGGUUACUCGAUUUUAAGUACCGUAUCCCUUUCGGAGGUGGAAUUUCCAAAUUUUGUAUGCAGCUGUUUGGGUUAUGUGGCCUACUAUUGCUUCAUGAGCGCCUUCUUUUGGCUCAGCGUGAUUAGCUUUGAUUUGUGGCAGAAUUUUCGCCUAACGGGUUCCAUACGUUUUGGCCAGCGAAAACGUUUCCUUUUGUAUUCCUCAUACGCAUGGGGCAUUCCAGCUGGUUUAACCCUCAUUGUGAUAGGCAUACAAAAUUCGAAUGUCAAGGAUUUGUAUAAGCCUGGCAUAGGUGAUGAUUACUGUUGGCUAAAAACCCAUGAUUGGUCAGCAAUGAUAUAUUUCUUUGGCAUAAAUCUGGUUAUAGUGCUUAUCGAUAUCAUCUUCUUCUCUAUGACCUAUUACAAAAUCACUGUCAUGCAAAGGGACAUAGACAAAAUCAUAAGAAAUGAUACCAAUGAAGGUCGUCACAAAUUGAGGACACACAAGAAUAAUUUUGGUCUAUUUCUACGCUUGUUUUUGAUUAUGGGUGUGUCCUGGCUAUUGGAUAUAGUCUCCUAUAUAGAGAGUCUGGUUAAUCCUGGGGGCACAAAUCCCAUCUAUUAUGUAUCAGAUUUUAUGAAUGCCAUUUUGGGUCUUUUGAUUUUUGUUUGUUUUGUGCUGAAACCCAAAGUUCUAUCGUUGAUCAAAAAGAGAAUAUUUGAAACGCGUGAUGAAACUGACCACACCAUGACUACUGAAAGCGACGAAGAAGAAAUUUCCUUGAAUGGUAUUGGCUCAGAUGUCAGCAAGCAAAGGGAGGUGCUGUCAUGAGACCGAUGGUUAAGAGAACAGCCACAUCACAUCUGAGCCUUUCCAAGAUCCAAGCAAGUCCUUUGGCUUCACGUUUAAACUGACAUAUUGUCUGCAUGUAUUUAUUUAUUAUAACUCAUAUUCAGUAUAACAUAUGUGUAUUAUUGUAAAUUAUUAUUAUUUAGUAAACAUAGGACCAGUUUCUUAAUAACCGGUUAAAACUUAGCAAAUAAGAAAUAUAUAUAUGUAAAAUAAAAUAACGGCACAAUGAGUUUAAAAGGAUGUUAGGAAUAUAGCUCUUAGAUUAGUAUUAAUACACGACUGAAAUUUUCCGCUUACGUGAUAAACUCCCUCUCAAGGAUUUCCACCUUGAAGUGGUAAGGGGGCCUAAUAGAUGGCCCCAAUAUCUGUUAAACAUCUAAAUAAAUUGUAAUCCAAGAGAACCCUGCCGAGCCGUAUGAAAGUUCGAUCUCGAAAGAAAGUAGUAAGCAAGACUUACAACGAAACUUGACAGCUGGUAACACCUGAUCGGAUAAAAAAUGUGUAUCCUCAAGAUAUCUUUCAUAUCCUUUUUUUAUUUUUGUUUAUUCAUAAGUUUAAAUAUAAGAGUGCCAACAUUGUAUUAAGAUUAAGACUUUAUUUGUACAUAAAAAUUUUUGUAU